UGAACCAUUACGGAUCUAUUUUUAACUCCACCCUACACCAGUCUCUGAGUCUGACACACCUGCCAGAUCUCUGAAGGAGGAAACGUGGAGCAGAUCGGCUGAACCGCUCCAGCCGCUAAAUCACUAAAGGGCUGCGCGCCCGUCACCUACCUUAUCAGCGCCAUACAUUUACCAAGAAGAUUUUGGCUUUUUCUCAAAUUUUGCCAGGAGACAAACACCAGUGAAACGGGACUCCGUUUUUAGAAUGCUUAUAAAUCUCGGCGCAUUCUGGAAGGGCUUUAAAUGCAACACGCCCUUGGGCGCGCGGCGGAGAACGCCUGUUACGCACGAGGCGAGCGCGCGACGGGCACAUUUCUGAGCCGUUCAUUUAAAGGUUUGAACUUUGAAAAAAACACGACAGUGGCUUCUGGAGCGAGCUUUUCACCUGAUGGAUCUUUAAGAAACUCCGCUGCGGUGGCAAUGGGGCUGUCAUAUGCUAGCGGGACCGAGAACAGAUAACUGGGGCAACUGAACAUCUCAUUGUUUUUUUUUUCAAUUACUCUUUUUUUAGCGUACUACAUAUGAGACCAACAACAAUAAUCCCACCCGAGACAAACUCACAACACUAGCUUUAUAAGACUUCGAGAUUUGCAAAACACAGCCUUUGAGGAGGGUGAAGAUGCCUUUUCACCAUGUGAGAGCAGGGCUGCUCUACACAGACAACUAUCUGAGCACGUCUCUGUCUGAAACCAGCGAAGAGCAGCUUGCCAACAUCUCUACAGAGGAACUCGGCGAGAUUCGAGAGGCUUUCCGAGUUCUGGACAGGGAUGGGAACGGGUUCAUCUCGAAGCAGGAGCUGGGAAUGGCCAUGCGCUCUCUGGGGUACAUGCCCAGUGAGGUGGAGCUGGCGAUUAUCAUGCAGAGACUGGACAUGGACGGUGAUGGACAGGUGGACUUUGAUGAAUUUAUGACGAUAUUGGGACCUAAACUGGUUUCCUCUGAAACUAGAGAGGGCUUCUUAGGCAGCACUAUAGACAGCAUAUUCUGGCAGUUUGACAUGCAACAGAUGUCCCUGGAGGAGCUUAAACACGUCCUGUUCCACGCCUUCAGAGACCAUCUCACCAUGAAGGACAUUGAGAACAUCAUCGUCACCGAGGAGGAGAGCUUGAAGGAGAACUCAGGAAACUGCCAGACGGAAUUUCAGGGAGUGCAUUCGAAAAAGAAGAACCGGCAGACAUGUGUGCGCAAGAGCCUCAUCUGCGCUUUCGCAAUGGCCUUCAUCAUCAGCGUCAUGCUCAUCGCAGCCAAUCAGAUGCUGCGGAAUGGCAUGGAGUAGCCCAGCCCACUGUGAAAACAGGUUAAUCUGACCUCUGCUUAAAAAAACAAAACAAAAACAAACAUGCAUCGCUUUCUUUUCAUUUGAAGAGCCCAGGAUGUGAAUCCCUUUUUUAUAUUUAUUACGGCUACUGUGAUUGUGACAGACUCUGAAACAGCAGAGAGGAAUGUCCUCCAUCAUCGGCCUGACAGGGACACGCAAGGGCUCCUCGCUGGAUACCAUUUAAUGCAAUAACAUCCUGUGUCCCUCUGCACUGCUGCGUGUUUUUUCUCAUCCGCUGUCUUUCAAAGGCGACGACUUUGUACUUUAUCUCACUCCAGGCCUUGCCACAUGGGAACGAUGAGGAGAGAUUGGCAGCCUGUCCAUCUGAGCCACCGCAGGAUGUCUGGCAUCAAGAGUGUGUGCAUGCUCAUCUCAAAUAUGCUGUCCAUUUUGUUCUGUCUUGAAGAUUGGUUAUUGGAUUUAUUGAGGAUGUUGUUUGAUGUCGGGUGUCUUUCGGGGGUGAGGCAUACUGUCACGCUUUUAUAGUGUUUGGUAUGCAAAGAAAGUCCCUGUUGGCAAUAUAUGCAGGAUACAACCGUUAAGGAAUAGACUAGUGGUUUUCAAUCCUGGUCCUCGUGACCCCCUGCUCUGCACAUUUUGUUUCACUUACCACUUCAGAGGUUAGUAAAUGGCCUGCAAAGUGGACAUCAGAGGAUAUUCUGUCAUGAUUCUAGUUCGAAAGACGUGUGUUCAAUUUAAAGAGUAUUAAAGUUCAAACAAAAAUGAAUAUUAUGGAUCAGGGAGGGGCCAAGCUGGAGUAUCUCUCUGAUCCCCUGGGCUCUGGUGGUUGUGGAAAUUCUUAACUGAACCAAAUAAAUGAUUAGGGUUGGCUCAAGAUGAAAAAUGAAAGUUCAGCCAAAGUGCUUCAACUGGCAGGACCUGGAAAAUUUAAAAAACAAAUAAUAAUAAUAAUAAUAAUAAUAAUAAUAAUAAUAAUAAAACAAUUAAUAUUAUGUUGUUUUAAUCCUCCGAGAUCUUCAUUCCUCUUCAGAACAUGAAAUAAUAUAUUUUAGAAUAGAAUAGAAGCUCCUUUUUUGUAUAUAUGUAUAUUUAUUAAGGUUUUGCUUUUAUAAAAAGAAAAAAAUAACAUUCUUGUGAAAUAAUGAUCUACAUUGACAACAACAGUUAAACAAAUACCAAAAACAAAAAAAAAA